AAUACGAUCAUAUAGGUAUAAUAUCAAUAAGUAGUUGGUAUAAAGUUCUAUCAAUUUUUUUUAUAAGAUAUGGCUAAACUGUCUAUCAUUCUGAUGUUGGCCACUGUCGCCGUAGCUGUUUCGGCCAGUAAUAAUCAAUUUCCGAAACCCAUCACUAGUAAACCCCCCUUCAACCCUAGACCAGUUACAUUUCGCCCCCUAAGGCUCAAAAGAUCAGCAUCCCCUAAUCCAGAAGAUAGACCUGAAUGGGAGGUAAAACCUGAUAUAAUAAGGGACGAAAAUGGAAACACCAGAGCUCAAGUGGAAGUUAACCAGCAUGGAAGGAAUCACGAUGUGAACGCAGGCUGGGGGAAGAAUAUUAGAGGACCCAGCAGCCAUAGAGACACUUGGCAUGUAGGUGGCGCCAUCCGCUGGUAGAGAUUUGAAAAUAAAUUAUUGAAAUAGAGAUACUAUAUUUAUACAAAUUUGUAUACCAAAUAAAAUAUGUUUCUUUUU